CCAGACAGACAGAACAGAAACGCACAACAGAAGCAAGAGAGUGAGCGGAGAUGUGACCACAAUGUGCGGCGAUAAUUAACACUGAAAAUGGGAUAAAGGGAGCGCAAGCAAGAGCAAACCAUUUUCUCGUCUGGGGCGCAACCUUUGGAGAAGGUAUAACCAUUUUCCCUGGGAAGUUUCUUUCUUCUAUUGUACUUUUUUCUUAUCCCAUCCGCAAUUUCCAUUUUGUCUAAUGCUGGAAGGCUACAAAAGAGGAGGCAACGAGACGUUGAGUAAAUGAUGAUGAUGGAAACGGGAUGUCGUAGCACGAAUACAGACGGGACAGCAGUGGAGUAUGAAGGAAACGCAAAUUUAAACGGAAUGAAGGGAUUUCCAAUGGCAUGAGAAACGCGUCGCUUUCUUUGCGUCGCUUUCUUUCUUAAAUACGCACAGGAGUUGCUUUUUCUGAAGACCUACAGUCUCGGUCCGGAGGACAGAUGCUGUCAUUGUGUGGGGCGCCGAGAUUUUGUCACCGUAAAAGCUGCAAGUGGUGGAGGUGGAGCAGGAACGAUGCGAGCAAGAGUAAGAAGAAUGAACACUGCUUUGUUGUUAACACGUUUCCCCAAUAGGUUUGCCGAGAGCCAGGAUACAUAUCUUGCUAGUAGUGUUGUCAAAAUAAAACGUUGUGUUGUUGUGGGCCAUAUUAGGAAGGAGUCAUCCAAACACCUGAGGACACUCUCAGAACAUCCUUGAAGGAAAGGUGGCCUUGAAAUGCUAUUGUCCUGCGUUGCAUAUGGUCACUUUUUUACGCCAGUCCUCGUAAUAGUUUGAAGGAUAUCAGCGUGACAGGUCUGGAAUAACCGUUGCAGCAGGAGUUGCAGUGUGCACACAUUUCUUUUCCUGGAUCUUGUGUCAGCGCCAGCGGAAUAUAAAAACUAGUUUCAACAAACAACAACAGUGUCAACAAUGGUGGAGCCGGUGGGUUUUAUCGAAGCCUGGAAAGCGCAGUUCCCCGAGUCCGAGCCCCCGAAAAUGGAGCUCCGCUCGGUGGGCGGAAUCGAGGUGGAGCUGGAGAAGUGCAAGGCCUCCAUCCGGCGCCUGGAGAUGGAGGUCAACAAAGAGCGCUUCCGCAUGAUCUACCUGCAAACGCUACUGGCCAAGGAGCGCAAGAGCUACGACCGCCAGCGCUGGGGCUUCAGGAAAGCGGGUGUCAUGGGCGGCGAGAUGGGGGCAGAGCCAUUGCCCGGUCCAGGGCCAGGGGCAGCAGUGGGGGUGGGGGACCCCCAGCAGCAGCCUCCCCAGCUUCACGCACAGGAGCAGGGGGAGCGUAGCCGGUUCCAGCCCGUGGCGGGUGACACCCCCAUCCGCUCCAAGCCCAGGCCCCCACCGGCCAGGAAGUCGGCCUCCCACGGGGACGGGCUGGAGGUCCAGUCUGCGUUCGAGCCGGUGCAGCCCGGUAGCGGCGGCGGCUCCGGUGCCGGGAGCGAGACGGACGGGCUCUCCCCGUCCAAGCAGCCUCGCAGUGGGGGUGGGGGUGGUGGUUCGGGUGGGGUCUCCCCGCGCCGGCCUCACCCGCACCCGCACCCCCCGCCCGACAAGGACCUGCCCUCUGACCCCAAGGACCCCAAGGGGGGGCCCGGCAUGGGGCUCGGCGUCGCCGCGCUGCGCUCCAACUUUGAGCGCAUCAAGCGGGCCAACUCACACUCGUCUGCGGAAGGCGGCAAGGGUGGUGGUGGUGGUGGCGGUGGCCUACCAGGCGGCGUCCAAGAGAAGCAGCCCUUCUACGCCAACAUGGAGUUCCACCACGAGCGUGGCCUGGUGCGGGUCAACGACCGCGAGGUCUCGGAGAAGAUCGGCACGCUGGGCACGCAGGCCAUGCAGAUGGAGCGCAAGCGCUCGCUGCACUCGCUGCCGGGCAACCUGGCCACCGUGGCGGGCGACCUGCGGCCCAAGCCGGUCUACAGGGGGCGCUCCACCGAGAGCACGUGCGGCUACGAUGCCGAGUACGAGGACGGGGAGCCCAGCCCCAGGUACCGCGCCAACGGGGCCAAGCAGCAGCAGCAGCAGCCCCCGCCCCCCUGGCAGGCCUCCGAGUACCAGCCCUACACCAGCGUCUACGUGGGCGGGAUGGUGGUGGGCGACGGGGGCGUCGGGGGCGGCGUUGGGGGGGUGGUGAUGAGGGAGCACCCUCCAGGCGGGGGGGACGACCAUCAGCUGACCUGGCCGCGGCGCUCCUACUCGCCGGGCAGCUUCGAGGACGCGGGCUGCGGCGGCGGGGGUGGCUACACGCCCGACUGCAGCUCCAACGAGAACCUGACGUCCAGCGAGGACGACUUCUCCUCGGGCCAGUCCAGCCACGUCUCGCCCAGCCCCACCGCCGCCUACCGCCGGCCCUUUGCCGCCUCGCGCGACAAGAGCCGCUCGCCCUCGCAGAACUCCCAGAACUCCCAGCACUCCUUCGACAGCAGCAGCCCGCCGACGCCGCAGUCCCAGAAGCGGCACCGGGACCGGGGCCAGCAUCCGCACCACCACCAGCAUCACCAUCACCAUGGCAGCCACCAGCAGCAGCCGCAUCAGCAUCAGCACCACCCGCAUCCCCAUCACCUCCCCCACCACCCCCAGCCGCAUCCGCAGGGCCACGUGGUGGUCUCCGAGGCCACCAUCGUCGGCGUGCGCAAGACCGGGCAGAUAUGGCCGCCGCCCUCCUCCUCCUCCUCCGCCUCCCAUCACCACGCCGACGGAGACUCCACCCCCUCCAGCAGGGCCUCCCACGACAACAGUUUCCAUGGAGACGGCGAUGGGCAGUUCACGGGGACUCCGCCCUCCUAUGGUUACGAUGCGGACCGUGCGGAGGAGCAGCGGCGGCACCACGACAUGAUGCCCUACAUCGACGACUCGCCCUCCUCCUCGCCGCACCUCAGCUCCAAGAGCCGCAGCAGCCGAGACACCCUCUCCUCCGGCUCCAUCGAGUCGGCCAAGUCGACGGAGCUGGACCUGGAGAAGGGGCUGGAGAUGAGGAAGUGGGUGCUGUCCGGCAUCCUGGCCAGCGAGGAGACAUACCUCAGCCACCUGGAGGCACUGCUGCUGCCUAUGAAGCCUCUGAAGGCUGCUGCCACCACCUCCCAGCCGGUGCUCUCGGUGCCCCAGAUUGAGACCAUCUUCUUUAAAGUGCCUGAGCUCUACGAGGUCCACAAGGAGUUCUACGACGGCCUCCUGCCCCGCGUGCAGCAGUGGAGCCACCACCAGCGCGUAGGAGACCUCUUCCAGAAGCAGGCUAGUCAGCUGGGUGUCUACAGGGCCUUCAUUGAUAACUAUGAGGUUGCCGUGGAGACCGCUGAGAAGUGUUGUCAGGCCAACACGCAGUUCGCUGAGAUCUCCGAGAACUUGAAGGUCAGGGGAUCCAAGGAGUGCAAGGACCAGACCUCAAAGUACUCUCUGGAAACUCUCCUCUACAAGCCAGUGGACAGGGUGACCCGGAGCACGCUGGUGUUGCACGACCUUCUGAAGCACACCCCGUCCAGCCACCCGGACCACCCUCUCCUGCAGGACGCGCUCCGCAUCUCCCAGAACUUCCUGUCCAGCAUCAACGAGGAGACCACGCCAAGGCGCCAGUCCAUGACCGUCAAGAAGGGAGAGAGUCGUCAGCUGCUGAAGGACAGCUUCAUGGUGGAGCUGGUGGAGGGCCAGCGGAAACUGCGUCACGUCUUCCUCUUCACCGACCUGCUGCUCUGCGCCAAGCUGAAAAAGCAGAUCGGAGGUAAGAGUCAGCAGUACGACUCUAAGAGUAAGAGCCAGCAGUACGACUCCAAGUGGUACAUCCCGCUGUCGGAGCUGAGCUUCCAGGGUCCGGAGGAGGCGGAGGUGGUGCCCAUCCCUCAGGUGGCAGACGAGGACCUGGAGGCCAUGAAGAUCAAGAUCUCAUCACUCAAGAGCGAGAUCCAGCGAGAAAAGCAGAGAGGGAAUAAGAGCACUAAGGUGAUGGAGCGUCUGAGGAAGAAGUUGUGUGAACAGGAGUCACUGCUGCUGCUCACCUCCCCCAACAUGCCCCUCAGACUACACAACAGGAGCGGCAAGGGCUACAUGUUCCUCCUCUCCUCGGACUACGAGCGGGUGGAGUGGAAGGAGAUGAUCCGGGAGCAGCAGAAGAAAUGCUUCAAGAGCGUGUCUUUGACCUCCAUGGAGCUUCAGAUGCUGACCAACUCCUGUGUAAAGCUGCAGACCGUCCACCACAUCCCCCUCACCAUCAACAAAGAAGAAGAUGAGUCCACUGGCUUGCAUGGAUUCCUGAAUGUAAUAGUCCACUCUGCCUCCGGCCUCAAACAGAGCUUAAAUCUGUACUGCACUCUGGAGGUGGACUCCUUUGGCUACUUUGUGAAUAAGGCCAAGACGAGGGUGUACCGAUACACCACCGAGCCUAAAUGGAACGAGGAGUUUGAGAUUGAGCUGGAGGGCUCGCAGACCCUGCGCCUGCUGUGCUAUGAGAAGUGCUACAACAAGAGUAAGUUGAACAAGGAGGAUGGAGAGAGCACCGACCGCAUCAUGGGCAAAGGACAGAUACCGUUGGAACCCCAGACCCUGCAAGGCAAAGACUGGCAAAGGACCGUCAUUCCCAUGAAUGGGAUCGAGGUGAAGCUGUCCAUGAAGUUCACUAGUCGUGAGUUCAGCUUGAAGAGGAUGCCCUCGUGCAGGGAGCUGGGCGUGUUCGGAAUCAAGAUCUCCACUGUCACAAAGCGAGAGCGGUCCAAGGUGCCCUACAUCGUGCGCCAGUGCCUGGAGGAGAUCGAGAGGAGGGGCAUGGAGGAGGUGGGCAUCUAUCGGGUGUCAGGAGUGGCCACGGACAUCCAGGCUCUGAAGACGGCCUUCGACACCAACAAUAAGGACGUGUCGGUGAUGAUGAGUGAGAUGGAUGUCAAUGCCAUCGCGGGGACCCUGAAGCUGUACUUCCGGGAGCUGCCUGAACCCCUCUUCACUGACGAGCUGUACCCCAACUUCGCAGGGGGCAUCACUCUGUCUGAUAGUGUUGCCAAGGAGAGCUGCAUGCUGAACCUGCUGCUGUCGCUGCCAGAGCCAAACCUGGUCACCUUCCUGUUCCUGCUGGACCAUCUCAAGAGGGUUGCGGAGAAAGAGGGCAUCAAUAAGAUGUCCCUGCACAACCUGGCUACGGUGUUCGGCCCCACAUUGCUGCGGCCGGCCGAGAAGGACAGCAAGAUCCCCACCAACCCCACCCAGCCAAUCAGCAUGGGGGACAGCUGGUCACUGGAGGUCAUGUCACAGGUCCAGGUUCUGCUCUACUUCCUCCAGCUUGAGACCAUCCCCACCCCGGACAGCAAACGACAGAGCAUCCUCUUCUCCACGGAGGUGUAGAGCGAGUGCCACCCCUUCAUCCACCUCCUCCCUGCUCCCUUCCUCUUUCCUUUCUUUGGACCUUUGGACGGCUAGAUCAGGAUUCAGGACCCAACAAGACUGUACUUGUGACCCAAGACUCUACUGUACUAGCCGAGACUGUGGCCUGACCCCCCCCCCCCCCUUCCCCCCUGAUAUAGUAGUAGUAAUAGUAAUAAUAACAUGGCACAAACAAACAUUUCCACUGUAACUGCUUUGUUCUGUGGAUAGUUGUUGACUGUCCUGAUUGAAGCGGUGAACUUUUUUGACUGUAAUCUCUAGCCAUGGCCACUAGGUGGCAGUCAUUACCUCUGUACCCAGCAGAAGAGGGCAGUGGUGUUCUCUUCUUCUCCAUCUCUCUCUCUCUUACAGUCUCUCCCUCUGCCAGCCCUCCACCUCUCCAUCCUCCACUUCUUUGCCUUCAGCAACACCCCAUAAUAAGCACCACCAGUCCCACAUCUCUGACUGACAGACAGAGCAUCACUUCACUUUGUCCUUGUGUGUGUGUGUGUGUGUGUGUGUGUGUGUGUGUGUGUGUGUGUGUGUGUGUGUGUGUGUGUGUGUGUGUGUGUGUGUGUGUGUGUGUGUGUGUGUGUGUGUGUGUGUGUGUGUGUGUGUGUGUGUGUGUGCGUCUGUGUGAAGAUUCACACCGCAUUCACUUCAUAUGAACUUCUGGAGAACAGUUUUUUGCAACCCUCCUCCGUAGGCUACUCUCUCCAUAGUCUGCUCUACCCAGGUCAGCGUCUGUCAGUUUUGUGUUGGCUGUGCAGGAUGCUAAAAUGGCGCCUUCGUAGUUUUAGCGUAGGCUUUCUUUACCCAAAACUCUCGCACAGGAUCGCUCAAGCGCGCCAUGCUGAGUAACUCAGUUCCGUGACUGCUUGGCGGUCGCAUUUUAGUCCUGUGUCCCUCGUUUGACCUUUUCCUGGUUAUUUUUCUUUUCUUUUCUUCUGGCGUCCUUGUGAUAUUUCUGAACUUGCUGUAAAACAGGUUAGCAGCAUACAGUACAACGGCUUCUUUUGUCUCCAGCGUUGUAUUUCAGUACUGUCCUCUGGAAAUAUCACAAGUAGAACUACUGUGUGCAUUAUAUUUUGCCAACUAGGGGGUAAAUCUGAGGGUUUAGUUUUUUUUCCUCUGGAUUUUUUUGUCUGUGGGUUUAUACUAGUACAAAAUUCCAGCACUGAAGAGAUUUUGAGUGCGUUGAGAAACUUCAAGCUCUGACAACAACUGAUUCACGUCACCAUGGACACCAAUUUGUAGGCCUGUUGUAAGAUUAUUUAUGUAAUAAUUUUCUUGGAAAAUCAGCCUCACCUCCAUGGAAAAAACUACCAUUGUUCAUUUUGCCAUCUACAGUAGAUAAUGCAGUAUGUGUCAUUGCCAGUUUUUUUUUCAUCGGAUACAAUAUGGAAUUCAUCCUCCACAUUAAUGAAGAGCUGACAUGAUGCACGGAAGACCUCAAAAGGACAACAAGGGAGUGUUGUGGACUCGUGGGUGAUUUGAUUACCCCAACUGCCCCCUUCCCCAUUCCCCCUCUUCCCCCCUCAACCCCAAACUCCCCCCUUGGAAUGUUUGUCGGAUGCAGUUUUGUUGGUGAAGCUCAAGCCUGAUCGUGUACAAACGUUUGUGAAUGAGAAGAGUUUUGCAUUUGGCGGAUGUGCAAACUGGUCACACAUCCCAAUGGGGAGGCCGAAGAGGUGGACAAUACUGUAUGUGUGUGUGUUGGUUGGUGGUGGAUGUGUGUGUGUGUAUGUGUGUUUGCGUGUUUGUUUGUUUGUGUGCAUGUUUGGGAUUGUGUUAUGGGGAUGUUAGAUUCAGCAUAAGAGGACAAUUGCAGCAUUGUACUCCCUCACUGCUGAGUGACUUCACCAUGGCUGUAUGGGCGGCCACUUUCGUUUUUGUUUGUUUGUUUGUUUGUUUGUUUUUUUUUACGUUUUCUCAGUUAAAUCUAAAGCAUUGUCUUGGUUGACCAUCUACUUACUGUACAUGUAAUGUCAUGCAGGACCCACCAUAACCAGGAGUCAAUGUCUCAACACAUCCACACACGUUUCCAGUUUGCAUUUAUGCCCUCAUGAUUCCGAGGCAUAUGUAUCCAUUGUUCAAUUCAUGUAAUGGUCCUGCCAAAAUAUUUUCUAUUUUUAUUUUGGAGAGAAGAAAAGAAAACUUAAUAAUUGUGUCUGUACAUAAGCAUAAAAGCUUUACAUUUGUUUGUUUGUUUUUUAUUUUAAUUUUAUUUGUAUGUAAUCUCAUUGAUAAUUUAUUCAGGAUUUUAUGUUGGGAUUGUAAUGAAGGAUGUGAGUAUUAACUGUCACAGUCUGACACUUCUGAAGGAACCAAGCGAUGAGGAAAGGACCAAUCUCUGUUAUUUUUAAUCUGUGUUAUUUUUUCUGUUCAUCUGGGGCCUAUACUAAGAAGCUGGUUCAGGAGUAAACCAGGUUAAACCAUUGGUACCUUAAGCAUUUGCAAAAAAAGGCUGCUGAAUGCCUAAGCCCUUUUUAAGAAAAUUUGCCAUCAGUCUAUAAGAAAAACAAAAUAUCUCAGUCUCUGAAGCACAUAAAAACAUGCAUUAAGUUGCAUUUAAACGCCAAGAAACCCUCAUCUUGCAUUAGAAUGUCUUCAUUCAGCUCUAACAUACCAAUAUGUUUAAUAAAAUCGUCUUAAAUCUCAUGAGCCUGAAUGGUGCGUCAUGCAGCUCCAGGCGCCAGGGCCAAUGUUGCGCAAGGCAACGUCCAGCAUCAAUGGGUUAAGUUAAUAGGUAAAUCACCUCAUAGAAGAGCCUGGUGUCCUCAUUUUAAAGAAAACUAGUACUUCAGGCUCUUCUAUUAGAUGAUUUACCUCUUAACUUAACCUGGUUUACUCCUGAACCAGCUUCUUAGUAUAGGCCCUCCUGGGAUCUCAUCUUUCAUUCACUUCGAUGCUCAAGCCAGGACAUGAAGUGGUGG